UGUUGAAUUCGCUUUGCAAACUAACGGACGCUCUAAUGUACAAUAUAAUUUACGUCGCGUGUCGCUGAACGCCAGAUAGUCACUAGAAUCGUCAAAGGAACUGGCGCUGACAGAGCUCUUAUUUCAAUAGAACACAGGACACCGGAACAGUUACCAGAUAAAGCCAUACAUAGGGAGCCUGAAGCCUGCAAAGCAACAGAAACCAAUUCGCGCAAUCGUCGUCGUCGUUUGUCGGAAAAGUGAGAAGUCGAGCCCGCUGCUAUACAACGAUUGCUGAAAUUUUACUGCCGAAAUAGAUUUUCUCAAGUGUGCCAUCGCGAUGGCUGCUCCAGCAGCCUGUACGCGUUUUUCGGACAAUUACGAAAUAAAAGAAGAGCUUGGAAAAGGGGCCUUCUCGAUAGUGAAAAGAUGUGUCCAGAAAUCGACCGGGUUCGAGUUUGCUGCAAAGAUUAUAAAUACUAAGAAAUUAACGGCAAGGGACUUUCAAAAGCUGGAACGAGAGGCCAGGAUUUGCAGAAAAUUACACCAUCCUAACAUUGUUCGAUUGCAUGACAGCAUCCAGGAGGAAAACUAUCAUUAUCUUGUGUUUGAUCUUGUAACUGGCGGUGAACUUUUCGAAGAUAUUGUUGCACGCGAAUUUUAUUCAGAAGCUGAUGCAUCACAUUGUAUUCAACAAAUAUUGGAAUCGGUCAAUCACUGCCACCAGAACGGUGUGGUGCAUCGAGAUCUGAAACCAGAGAAUUUACUAUUAGCUAGUAAGGCAAAGGGUGCAGCUGUGAAACUCGCUGACUUUGGUCUAGCCAUUGAAGUGCAAGGCGACCAUCAGGCCUGGUUUGGAUUUGCUGGUACUCCCGGUUAUCUGUCGCCGGAGGUAUUAAAGAAGGAGCCCUAUGGCAAAUCGGUAGAUAUAUGGGCAUGCGGUGUGAUUCUAUACAUACUGUUGGUGGGCUACCCACCUUUCUGGGAUGAGGAUCAACAUCGAUUGUACUCACAGAUCAAGGCAGGAGCUUAUGAUUAUCCAUCUCCAGAAUGGGACACUGUAACGCCAGAAGCAAAAAAUUUAAUUAAUCAAAUGCUCACGGUGAAUCCAAACAAGAGAAUAACCGCAGCUGAAGCGCUCAAGCAUCCGUGGAUCUGCCAAAGGGAACGCGUGGCUUCUGUUGUGCAUCGCCAAGAAACCGUGGACUGUCUCAAGAAAUUCAAUGCUCGACGCAAACUUAAGGGUGCUAUACUUACUACAAUGCUGGCUACCAGAAACUUCUCAAGCAGAAGCAUGAUCACCAAGAAGGGCGACGGAUCUCAAGUCAAGGAAUCAACUGACUCUUCUAGCACAACACUUGAGGACGAUGAUGUGAAGGCGGUGGAGCUGUUGAACUUGGAUUAAAGAAACUAACAGAAAUUACAGUACCAAAAACUUCAUUUUUUAUACGUCUCUCUUGUCUCUUGUUUGUGUUUUAUAUUUAAAAAGAAAAUACAACAACAAAACAAAAGAACAUUCCAAACAAAAUCCCAAGGUUGAGACUCCCUAAUUGUUGACUUAAGUUAAUUAAGGUUUAUUUAUUUGAACAAAAGAAGAAGCUUGUCACUCGUAUUUGGGCACAUUCGUUCAGUGUUUGUUGAAUAUUGGGGAACCCACAACCAUGGAAGCAAUACCGAAGCAAUACCGAAGCCAUGGAGAUUUUCGUUUACAGCUGGACCAAUACAAUACCACACAUACAUACAUACAUAUGUAUAUUGAUUUGAUUUAACUAAUUAACGACUUGUAUAUAGAAAGAUUGGAACUGCAUUUCUUUUAAAAUGGUGCUGAAUUACAAUCCACAUAAGGUCGCAUGCAUAUUUAUGAAGUUCCCAAGGCAAACACACCGAAUACGGACAGUUAAUGCUAACUCUCAUCUAAUUAAACCACAUACAUACAAUCUAAAGCCCGCCCAGAUGCCAAGCCAAGACGUACUAAAUACUAAUAAUGCAUCCAUCCAAUAAGUAAAAUGCCAAGAGCGCAAGUACCUAACAACUGCUCCAAGCGCUCCAACCGCUCCAAAUGCUCCAAAUAGCUCCAAACUGCAAUCGAAUCUGUCGCAAAAAGCUGGCGCGCUAACCGGUACAAAUCAUUCGAACACUAGGCGGCCGUGGCCAUGCAACCCAGACAAGCGUCGACGUCGUCGUCGUCACCCCACCUACACCUCCAUCCCCACCUGCGA